UCUUCAUUCCAAUUUUCUUUCAUCUUUUUCACCCAACACUUUGCUCCUCCAAACUCAGUGCUGCUGCAAAUAGGUUUUUUGAAUGUCAUAUGAGUAAAAUACCAACCAAUGGAUGUUUAUGAAGAAGUGGAAAAAGCUAAAGCUGAAAUUGAGAAACUCAGGGCAGAAUUAAGAGACAAGACAAAUUCAAUUCAGAACUUGAAGAAAUCCUAUAAUGCACAGGCCAAUAAGAUACAGAAAGCUAUUUUGAAAGUUGAGAAGCUGAAUCAAGAAUUUCUUCAAAAGGCAGAUGAAAUCAAUGAUGCUGAGCAGAUAAAUGAAGAUAAAGAGUCCAUCAUCAAACAUCUCAGUGCUGCAAAUGAUGAACUUGGUGCAGUUGGUGAUGAGAAGUUUAGAAAAUGGGAAGAUGAAAAAAGAGGGUUUGUAUUGGCAUUGGAGGAGGCAAAUGAGAAAGUGCUGGACCAAGAACAGCAGAUGCAUGAGUACAGACAAGAGAUCGAAAGCCUGAAAGGUUCCCUUUCAGUUUCAAACAAGUGUAUGGAAAAAGUGAAAAAAGUUGAAGCAUCAAAAGAACUAGGAGAAACAUAUGACAUGUUCCAGAAGUUAGAGGAGGAAAACAUGAAGGUGGAAGAACAAUUAAAAUGGAAGAAGGGACAGAUUAAACAUCUGGAAGAGGCGCAUGGAAAACUUUUAGACCUGUUUAAGGCAAGUAAGGAGGAGUGGGAGUUGGAAAAAUCUUCAUUGCUUGAUGAGAUUUCCUCACUGCAGUCCUUGUUAGACUAUUAUAUAAGAAAAUCACAUGAUCUGCGACACCAGUUACAGAUCUGCAACCAAGCCCUUGCUAAUGAAGAAAGCCUGAGAAAGCGUCUGGAAGACCAAGUCUCAAAUUUGAACAAAGAGAAGGAAGAAAAGUGUUUUCAACUCAUGAAGCAGUUGGAGUUGAAAGAUGCUGUUUUGAUCGGUGCCCAGAAAGAUAUUAAUGAAGAGGGUGAAAAGGCAGCAUGUUUGAUGAGGCAGGUUGAGUCCAUAAUCGCCAAUAAACUGCAGCAUUCGCCACACAAUGAACAUGAUAGGCACAAGGAAAUGCUAGAAGAGUCAACUAAAUGUCAACUCCUCAAAGAGAAGGAUUUACAUAUGGAAGGUUUAAAAGAACAACUUAAGGAAGUUUAUGAUGCUUUAGACAGGGCAAACAUUGAAUUGGAUGAGAGAAUAUGUGAAAGAAGUGAAAUGGAGCUUGAAUUGCGAAUAUGGAAGUCAUUUGUUGAACGUUUGAGGAGUGAUCUUGAAGAAAAUCUUGCCAUGCGUAAAGAACUGGAAAAUUCACUACUUGCACAAGUAGAUUUUAGUGAAAGCCUCAAGCAAGAGAAAGAUAGCUUGGUUUAUAAGCUGGAAGAUAAAGAGAAUAUAAUACAUUGUCUGCAGCAACAUGUUUUCCUAUUUGAACAAGAACCAAAAAUAAAGGAAACCGAAGCUUCUGUUCCAGCAAGUGGGGAAACAGCUAAGUCCUCUGAAAGUGCUGAAAUGAGAUAUCUCCGGAUAAUUGAGGAGAAGGAAAAGAUUUUAGAAGAGUUUCAAAGAGAGAUUUUUAGGCUUGAACAAGAAUCAUUUAAAAGAGAAUUUGGAAGUGCUAUGAUUGAAAAAAGCAAUAUGGAAAGAACCAAUGAUCUUGAGAAAGAGGAGAAAGAGAAUUCUAUCCAGAAUAUGAAGGGAAAGAAUAUGAGAACAGAUGAACUCAUGCAGCAGGUGACUUCAAUUGAACAGAAGUUCACUGGCUUCUUGACCUCCAUUUCUUCACAGCUUGCUGAGAAACAGGCUGAAAUUAUUCAUGUCAAAGAAGCUUGUGAUAAGAUCACAGCAGCUGAGAUUCUAGCUGCACUUGAAAUUGAAGAGAAAAAGUUGAUGAUAGUGGAACUUGAGGAUGAUAUUCAUGACAUGGAGCAGAAUUUAAAUUUUCAGGAGGAAAAUUGGAGGCAAACAGAGCAGCUUGCAUUGGAUGUUGAAGAGGAAAUGGAUGCAAAACAAUUAAAAGUAAAGGAGGUGAUUGAUCAAAUGGAGAACAAGUUAAGAGGCUCAGAAGUUUUUCUUCAAAAUCUCAAGACACAGAAUAGAAGUUUGCUCGAAAAUGCUACAAGAUUGUCAUCAGAAAGGCAGAACUUGUUAGGUUCUGUUCUAGGAUUGGGCGAUAAAAUGUGUGAGUGCACUACUGCAGACACUCAACUAAUGGAUAGGUUGAAAAGCAUAGUGCAGUGUUUUGAGAAUGAUUGUCUAGAAACGAAUUUUAACGAGGAUGAUGAUUUGCUUGUAAAAAAUAAUAUGAUAAUGCAUUCUCCCACAGGGAUAAAGAAACAUGAAACCUUUUCUGAUAUAAGGUCUCCAUUUAAGGAGCUCAACAGUUAG